AUGCUUGCCAAUCCCUUGAGCAUGCAAGCUACGGUGCUACGGAUUCCGGACUUCUUUGUGAACCAACUGCCCUCGGGGCAGGAUCUCGUUGAAGAGGGAGACAUUUUAUACGACGUCUUGAAGGAUGUACGAUUCGGAAGUGAUGAACCCGACGACGAGGCAGAUGCCAGUGAAGAAGCCGAGCCUGCUAAAGCGAGCCGUGUACAGCCCCUGGCAUGGGUAUCAUCGAUACCAGUUAUCGGUGUUCAGCCGGUUCUCACGCUGCCAGAUAAAGUCGGCAAGUACCUGGCCCACGAGCAUUUGAAGGCGCUCAUUUGCUUUGUUAAUGGAGCCGUCUACCCAUUAUUCAACCUGCGCUUCCGUAUUGAUGUUAUUCUACCGCAGGAGGCGACGCCAUUGGUGCAUUCGCCCCCUGCACAAUCGCCGAGACGGUCUCUCCUUGUCCACAAAACAUGCCCGCAUAUGAACCCCAAAUCGAGCAACGAGCACACCGUUGACGUGCUGCUCUCCAUCGCCGGGACGUACGUGCUGGACGUCAACGUCCUCUACGUGGAUCCCAGCGGGGAAGAGCGGAAGCUGAGCUGGGCGAGUUCGUUUGUGGUGGAGCAGGCGAUCACCGAGGUCUCUCGGCGGCUGCUCCGCCGCGUGAGGCUGGCGGUGGGGCGGCCGGUGGCGGGGAACGACGCCGCCGCAGGGGCGGUGCGCCGCCUUGACUUUGACCAGCACCCCGCCCCGCCGCUCCCACCGCCCACGCAAGCUGAGGCCCUGGCUAAUCUCAGGCUCCCCCUGCACUCUUACCUCCUAACGAUAGAUCUGGAGAACACCUGUAGCGUCCCGCUGACGCUUUGCCGGAUUCAGCUGGUGACGGCCCUCCCCACGGAUGGGGCGGGCGCUAACAAGAAUGCGGCGGGCGUGAAAGGCUCCCCCAAUCCCCUGAAGCUUCUUAGACCGUCCAAGAUGGUUAGUGUUGGGGAACACGGGGGCCCAAACUCGGACGCGUCGACAGUCUUCCUGCAGCCCGGCGAGAGGUACCAGCGCACCUUUGAGUUCCUCAUCAUGGCAGACGCGCUGCGCAAUAUGCUCGCCGUAUAUAACUCCUCCACAGGGGUCUCCUUGCCGCUGUUGAAGCCUCCGCUGAAUGGGCCGCUUGGGUAUAUUGAAUGGGAGUGGCGUCGCUGGAACGGCGAUGGUGGCAUCGAGCGGUCGAGGCCAGUUCUCUUCGAGCAGCUUGUAGGGCUACCGAUGAUGGAGUUGGUUGUAGUGCGCGUUCGACCUGCUUCUUCGGACAGCGACGGUGUGUGUUGGUAUGACGGGAGUGCAUCGUCGUUGGCAGCACCCAUAGAGUCCGGAGAAGCGCCAGCUGACAUUCCACGCGUUGAACAUGCCGACGGCAUAGACGACGAGCCUCUUCUAGUAGGUCGGCCAGUGGAGCUGGAGCUGUGCAUAGUGAACUAUGGAAAGCAUAUGUAUUCCGAUAGUGAAGCUCCUGUUGAUGUGGCGAUAAAGGUGCGUCCUGAGAAGUUGGCACCGUACUGGUUAUACACAGGUGCCAUACCAUGUCGUUUAGCGCAUGUCGAACUGCACAGCACACUUUCCUUCAAGCUAACACUACUACCUUGGCGUUCGGGAUGGCUGCCGUUGCCGCGCGAUAGUCUUCAAAUCGUGGACGCUCGCUCACCAGAGCGUGUAUUAGCACCGCUACCUCCUGUGCUUAUUGAAUCCACAUCGACUGCAUUGGUGUCAUCCCCUAGGAUAGAAGUCGAAAGACAGAGUGGUGUCCUCCCAGGCUCCCUAAUCGUGCCCAAUGCAACGAGUUUGGAGCGCAGCAAGGUCCUCCAGACGGCGGCGGUAGUGUCAAAGGGUGUACGCCACGAGCCCAUCAGAGGCGCAGCGGGACUCCGUGUUGAGGAGGAUCCCAGUGGCUCGGUGUUAUGCGAAGUGCUGGUGUUAUAA